GAAGGAGAGAGAUAAGGACAGACAGAGACAGAGGAAAAAACAGAGAGGGAGAGAGAGAGAGAGAAGGAAGAAGAGAGGGAGGACGAGAGGGGAAGAGGAGGGGGGCGCAGCUCUGGAUUCUAGGAACGUGUGAAGCUGGCUCGGACCCCAGGUUUCCCUGAAGUUUAGUCCCAGUUAACUGCUCCGCAGCGGAAGGUGCAGGGCCGCGCCAACUCUCCCAUUCUAAGCCGUUACCCGUUCCAUGUGCUCGGUACCCUAUAUCACUCUGCUAGGAAACCCAACCCCAGAGCGGCCGCUCUCCCUUAUCUUUCGGAAAGGGAAGGAACAAGGCGCCCCCUCCCCCCUUUCCCCUCCUUCCCCCGGGAGGAGCCGCGCAGGUGUGACUGUCCCGGGAGCAGCUUCCCCGACCCGCUGCCUCGCUCGGCCGGGAUUGCAGCCUCGCGCUCUCGCUCUCAGAGGGGAGACAAGGGCCAGCUCGCGGGGCUCGGGGGACCACGGCGGGAGUCGGAGAUUUCCGCCGUGUGCCGGCUCUGCCCGCCCCGGCUCGGCCUGCUUUCUUAAAAGAGCUGCAGGUACCAGCUCUGCCAGCUCCAUGGCAUUCUUCCUGGGGCAUUCGAGGGACGCAAAGCUUCGGGCUCAAUGAUUUCUUUCUUCCCCUUCCCCCGCCCCCCCCCCCCAACCACAAAUAGAAAGUGGCUUUGCCUUGGCAGGCUCCUCCGCGCCCGGCUCCGCGCAGGUAAAGGGUUACACAUUCUCGGAAGUAUUAAAUGCAAACUUUGAAGGAUUUUAUUUUCAUCUGCAGUCACAUGAUCCCUUAAUACCCAAUGACACUGACUCCAGCGGCUCAUCCAGAGGUCAGGCAAACUCCGGGGCUAAACAGGGCAGCCCCACAUUUUUUCCAUUCACACGCGGGAGGCACGCGGAGCCAUGGGAGAUGGUGAUCGGCCGAGCCCGCCGCCGCUUCCACUGCUUGCAAUACCGAGGAAGGAAAAUUAAACUUUACAAGAUAGACUAAUGGACAACCCCCCCACAGAUGGUAACCAAAAAUAAUCCAGAUGGGGUGCAGGUGCUGUAAAAUGAUACAAAGCUAUCUCUUUGAGCCAGUUCACGCUCCACCUGCCGGUUAUGUCAACGAAGUCAACAGUUACAAGCUGGAGGAAGAAGACGAUGGCGUCAAAUCCCAAAGCAAAGAGAGCCAGGAAAUCCUCGCGAGGACUGAGGCCAAAAACAGACUGAACAGCGCGCAGGAGCCUUUUUGGCACCAUCGCGGCGCCCCCUCCCCGGGGGACCCUCCCGCCAUCACGAAGACGGACCCCGCUCCCAACGGCGUGGGCUCGGGCCCGGCUCCGCCCCCCGGCGUCCGGCCCAGUCCGAGCCAGGGCCGCCCAGCCCCUCCCCGCGAGGGUGGCGGCGGGUCUCUGGCCGGCGCCGCGGGCGACGGGGACUCUGAGGGACGCUUUGCUAGAGAAGGUGACCCCGACAAAGGAGAUCAUCGUCCCGGAGCCGCGGACGAGCCUCGAGUCAUCCUGAACGGAGACUCCCUCGCUUCCGGAGAGGGCGCGUGCUCCCCGGAAAGUCCCCACACGCUGGAGGCCCCCGACCACAUCCUCCAGCUCCCGGUCCCCGACUAUCCCCAGGUGGAGGUGCGGGUGACUGGCCACAACGCCGAUGAAAGUGGCGGCCAUUUCCUGGGCAACCACAUCCAGCCCGAGCCCGCGGACAGAGCGGAUUUUGCAAAUGGAGGCCACCUGUCGGAGCGGUCCUUUUCCAAAAGGAGGAGCUGGGACUCGUUACACGAAGCCAUUAAAACUGAAGCCUUAACUGUUGACUUGGAGGAGGACGGGGCGAAGCGGGAGCCCGAGUGGAGCUGCGACCAGGAGGAUGCUGCCGUGGCGGAAGCGCUCGCGGCCCUCGAAGCUGCCACGGCAGGGGAGGAGGGCGAGGAGGGGUACUAGGGAGAAGGGCUUACCUCUGCUCGGGCGGGAGGGGGACCGGAUCCCACAGGUAAGUAAGCCACCGCCCGGACGGAAGCGGACAUCCGGGAGAUGCCUUAGUUCCCUCGGCUGGGCCGGCUGGAAGCCUCUGGCGCCCAAGGAGAAUCACCAGACUGACCUCAGCACUUAGCCCCGGGCUCGGUACUCAGUAGGUGCUUAAUAAUGGAGUUAUCGCCUAUCCCCCGGGAACAUGAAAAGGAUCUGUGGUAAACGUGCUCUUAAACAACAAGCAGCGCCUUCUCCCCCUCCCCCCAAGAACACGGCGAAGGCUCCCCCACGGCCGACUCCUCCCCGGCGGUUACGGGGCGAGCCGCUGCUAAAUCACGCCCUCCGGUCCCAGAGGGCUGAUGCGCUCCGGGAAGUGUCCGAGGCUGUCCAGACUGGGGCUUGCUUGCAGUAGGAACUGGGUCCAGAAUAACCACCGGCUGACGUGGAACUUGUAAAAAUUGUCCGGGCUCAAGGUGAAGCCGAAUCAAUUGGUGAAUAAAUGAUUGGCCCCAGUGGGGAUGGCUCGGAGAGCUUGACCUUCACUUUUUUCCCACGACUAUACCUCUCUCCUUUAAAAAUCGGGGGGCGGGUUCACAACAGCAGCUGAUUGUGGCUGCCCCUCAGAUUUUGUCUCCAUUUGCUCAGUCCGCCCCAGAGGGCAGAGUAGGGGUAGAGUUGCGAAGUGGCAAGACAAUGUAAGGAAGAGUCGCUAUAAUGAAAAGGGGCCGCUUUGGGGGAGAACAGGGAUCCAUCGCCGAUGUCUUCACACAAAGGCGAUCCCUUGUUAGCAGAGGGGAUUGUUGGUAAGGUGAGGUUGGACCAGAUAGUCUUCUAAGGCUGGGGUUUGUGUGUGCGUGUGAGAGAGAGACAGACAGACAGACAGAGUGGGGAAGGGAAGCAGAAAGAGAGAGAGACAAUACAAAGAAAAGAGGACAGAAAGAGAAAGAAAGAAAAAGAUAAAGGGAGAAGGGAAGGAAGAGAGGUGAGGAGGGGGAGAAAGAGAGAGAGUGUGAGUGCAUGUGUUAGAGUUUGUGGUUCUACUUACGGUGGAAGGACACAGGUCAUUUUCCCCUCGCUAGCUAAGUAUUAAUAUUACUGGAAAGUAUUAAGAAAUGUAUAUAGAAAAGUUGCUCUAGAAAAGGCCCCAAAGGGAAGGCAGACCGAGUGCCUCUGUUCACACCAGCCCUGGGAAGGAGUCCUUGAAUUGGCUUCCUUUCUUUGCCACUGCCCCUUUGCGUGGCCCCCUCGCCAGUCCUUUUGAAGGACCUGUGAUUGCGUGAGCAGCCUACUCUGUAAACAUCCAGGAACCCUGAUAUACCUCACAAGCAUUUAUGAUAGUAAGCAGAGUUGGGAAAUUUGCGUUCAAUAAAAAGGUAAAACCUUAAAAAGAGCCACGUACUCCCUCCCAAGUCCUGCUGUGGAGAAGAUCCGCGUUCACCCGUGCUCCUGUGCAGUGCACCCCCAAAAGGGUGCCUGUGCGUUUUCCCACUCACCUGCCCCGUAGUAUGAUGCUUAGGACAGUUCUGUGUGUAAAAAGUAGACAGCUCUGGGAUAGACAUUCAGGGAUCCAAUACACAUUUGUUAAGUACUUCCUAGGGGCACAACAUUGUGCUGGGAGCCAUGGAAGAUGAAAAAAUGACCCAGCUUGCUUUGGAGACCUUUAUAAUCCUGUGGCUGGGUCAUGGAUCGCAUCCUUUAGUAGGUUUAAGAGGCGCCUAAAAAUAAUUGCUUAAUAUCGGAGCGGCCGUUAAUAAAUCCUCGUUACACCCAAAGUUAUCCCUUGCAAAACUCCUCAGGGCUUGGCCGUUUGUUUUGGAGAGAAAAGGGUGAGAUGACACACGAGUGUUCAGAAGAUCCCGUUGACAUUCUGAAUUUCCUUUCAAGUUUUUAGUUUGGGUUGAAGACAAGGUUCAGACGGCUACUGCAGACCCUUCCCUCGGGCUCUUGAGGGUCCUCCAUGUUCCCAGUGAGGUAAAAGAGAAAUCCAAAGAAAGGAGAGAGAGGAGAAAUCACGCUGACCGACUCUCCUCGGCCCAGAUGGCCAGUGGCCAGGCUCCAUUAAUGUAACUCUUUGUCUGUGGUGCCUUCGAGUAGCCUCCUCUACGCCAAUAGGAGGAUGGCUAUUUCUAAGCCAAGUGGGGGAGGGAUGGGGAACAAGGUUUUGGAGCAAUCCAAAAAAAAUUCUUUUAAAUAUAUCUCCUCGAUAUGUGAGGAAGGAAAGAAUACAGAGGAAAACCCAAUAAUGGCAUGAUUGCUUUUUUCAUAUCUCCAGAAUGCUUCAGGGGAAGAGAACUGAAUUCUGAAGUCCACGUGAGAGUAGCUUGGUAAUAUUUUAUAGAUUUUUAUAUCAAUCACUACUAAAGAAAGACAAAGAUGGCUGGGCAAAACAGGGAUUUCAGGAUACUCUGCCGAACCUCAGUCCCUCGCUCUAAUAUCUGUUGCACGGAACUCGGGAUGGCAGAAAAGUUGGCACUCUCAUGUAAGAUUUUGCAGCGGCUGGAUGCACGUGCCUACUAGCUCUAUUGAUUCCUGAAUGAAUGUAUUCAUGUUUGCAAAAUGUUUUCAGGUCUUUGAAAUCUCUGAGUAGAGAUUUGGUGGGAACCCAUUAAAAGAAGUAGCAUUCAGGGCAGCCGGGUGGUGCAGUGGCUAGAGCACCAGCUCUGAAGUCAGGAGGGCCUGAGUUCAAAUCUGGCCUCAGACACUUAACACUUCCUAACUUGUGAUCCUAAGCAAGUCACUUAACCCCAACUGCCUCAGGGGAAAAAAAAAAUGUAGUGGUUGAGUUCCCAGAGAUGGUUACUUGGCAAAUUACAUCAUUUGAAUGUACAUAUUUAAAUACAAUUAUCUUCACACUUAAUUUUUGAUAUAUAAUCUGUGCAUUGUACAUAAAUAAACUGGGCUAGAUAUUUGCCAUUUCUUUAUAUAAAGGAGUUCAUUUAUCGGGUGCAUAUAAAAACACAGUUAAUCUCUUUGGCAUUACAACUUUCCCAUUGCAGUUGUGAUGUAUUGGAGGUUGGCAUAAGAAAUUAAAUGGGAGUUUGGGGGAAGUUUUGCAGAAGCCAUGCAAAGCCCAGCAGACUACUCUGAGCUAUGACCAAAUAUGUAAUCCAAAUUUUAAAAUGAGAUACUGCAAACACCCUACAGAAGAAAAGAAAAAAUUCAGGUUUCUUCUCUGGUACGAAGAGGGCCAAAAAAUCUUAGGCACAUUUUCCAGAUCAGGAGGGUGCUGCACCCCUGAUCGCAGCCAUGGGGGAGGGCUGACUGUGUUUCUGGGUCACUUAGACAAAGUGUUUAUUGCUAGCAGAAGCACCCAGGAAAAGUUCCAGGGCAUAUCCAGAGCAAGAUAAAAACAAUGUUCUGAGACAGCGACAAUCUGAGCAACUGUUUUUUAAUGGAGCACAUAACAUUGCUGAUAAUAAAUUGUUGGGACAACUCGUUUAAUUUUUUGUUUUUGUUCCUCUCUGCCCCCUUGUCAUUCUCUCCAUCUUAAAAAAAAAUCUUAUCGCUUUCUUCAGUCAUUAACAGAGCUAGGGCGUCAAAAAUUAAAAUAUUCUCCAAAGUGAUUCCAUGAGGAAGGGUUUCUUCCUUUUCCUCCCUAGUUAUCCCAACAUCAGGCGAUAGCUGAAAGAGUGAAACAUAUUCACUCCCUUCCCUCCAUAGUCCUAAUUUCCACGUUCCAAGUACAUGAUGCAGCAUAUGGGAUUGGGGAUUAGGAUGACCCGUUUUUAAUCCUGCUUCACACACUUAAUAAUUAGGGACAUUUAUCCACUCCCUGCCUCAGUCUUCUCACCUGUAAAUAAUGGGAAUGAACCUGAUGUCUUCUAGCAGUCCCACUCUGAUCUAUGGUCCCAUGACUUGAGUUCACCUAUUCUUGCACAGACCGAACCCUUUACCCUGCUUUUAUUCUUAAUAAACAAUGAUUCCUGUUUGUACAGCAAUGAGUUGGCAUGAUAAAAAUGUGGAAACUCCUUUGCUACUCUUUCCGCUACCGUGGAACCUCAUUCAUUUGGGCUCCAGUCAUUCGACAACGUACGUGAUGACUGGACUAGAAUUUACCUUUGCUUCUCAAAUCCUUACUCUGUAAAUAAUGCAAUUUACUUAUGCAAACAAGACCUCUGACAACAUACUUUUCAAUCAGAUGGAUGCAUUAGCUGUUUGACUAUGGGCAAGUCAAUUUUCCUCUUUGACUUUCAGUUUAUCUCUAAAAUGAAGGAAUUAUUAGAAUAAUAAUGAUGUUGAUCUCAGAAAAGCUCUUCUCUUCUAGCCCUGACUUGCUGUGAUCCUAUUACAGAAAAAAACAUCUUAGCCAUUUUAUAUAUGAAAACUAUACACAAUUUAUUCUUACCUGUUCAUUAAAAUGGGUACCCUGAAGGUUUCUAGUAAGCAACUUUGUUUACAUAGUUCAAGCUUCUGUAUGUACUGGAAAAUCAUUGUGUGGCCUUGCUUUAAAAACACCAUAAUUCAUCAUUUUAACAGACAGACUGGUCUUUUCAGUUGAUUUAUUGAAUCAGGAGAUUUUACUAUAUCCAGGUAAAAACCAUGCAGGUAAUGAGGGAGAUUGAGGAACCUAUAGCAACUGUGUCUAUAAAAUAAGACUAUCUAUAUAUUAACAACAGCUUGGAUCAGGGAACAAAAAACCAGACUGGUCCACUAAGUUCUUAGGGAAAUGAGUGUUCGAAGGUUCAUUUAAGAAGCUCUACCAUGUAAGCUCCUUGAUUACAAGGAUACCUCAUUUUUCAUCUCUGUAUCUCGAGUCCCUUUUUAUCUUUGUAUUUCUAGUGCCUUUACAGACAGCUGGCACUUAAUAAAUGUUCGUUGACUUGAA